UGCCGCCCUGAAAAUUCAUUCCAAUUAUGAAAACCUGUUGAGGGAAAUUUAUUGGGGGGAUGGGCGGGGGUGGUACCGGAAGGGAUGACAGCUGCAAUUAAAAAUCACAUUUCAACUCAAAAAGCUUUAAUCAUCCAAAAACGUCAAAGAAAAAUCAUGAAAAAAUCAUAACUUUUCUAUUCACAUUUCAAUUAACAUUUUACCUAUUUAAAAAAUUCUAUAUUCGUGUUCUACUAAUUAUUUCGGACUUGUGGAGACUAAAAAAAUCAAACAAUUGUGAUAACCCAAAGGCGACAUCGGAGUGACAAUUUCUAUUGAUAAUUAUUUUGACGGAAGAAUGUUUGAAAAUGUAGAGAGCCCUUGGAAUUGUUCACGAGCAAAUGAACAGAUAAAAAUUACGGCAAUCAGUCUAAUCAAUACGUAUGCCUCCGCGAGAGUAGUGAGUGCCAAGUGGUGGGGGUGAGGGGAGAGGGAGAGAGUGGGUGAAAGUGUAAUAAACGUCACAAUGACGGAAACAGUGAAUGCGAGUGAUGCAGAGCUACGUAUUUGCCUGCUGCCGGAAGAGCUUGAGAUCCUGGAGGAUCCGAGAACAGCUUCCCUCAAGCGGGUCUGUUACGGUAUUGUGCUGCCGGCCAUCUGUUGCUUGGGUAUCAUCGGAAACAUACUGAAUCUCGUUGUUUUGACUCGUAGAAAUAUGCGAGGAACAGCUUACAUUUACAUGAGGGGAUACUCAGCAGCAGCAUUACUGGCGAUACUCUUCUGCAUACCAUUCGCUCUGAGGGUGCUCAUCCACAAGGAAACGGGGAGAUGGAACAAUUGGUCGCAGGCGUUUUAUCACGCACAUUUGGAGCUCUUCCUCGGAAAUGCCUGUCUGGGUGUUGGGGUUAUGAUGUUACUCGCAUUGACAGUGGAACGCUACGUUAGCGUAUGCCAUCCAGGUCAACACACCCGUCCAUUAUGUGGACCACCUCAUCUCACAGUAUCGCUCAUACCGCUGGCAACUUUUCUGGUUUAUCUGCCGAGUGUAUUUCGGGGCGAAGUAACAACAUGUCUAGUGUCGUCUGGGGGACCUCUUAUCUACCAGAAGCGAGACAAUUUGUCAUUUAUGCAUUCUGUAUUUUACCAGAUAUACAAGAUAGUCCUGGAAGUGGUAUUUAAGGUUGCCCCGACAAUACUGUUAGCUGGCUUCAAUCUCCGCAUCAUGAUAGUGUACAGAAGAUCAUGCGAGAGAAGACGCAGAAUGACACUGUCACGUACCGUAAGCACUGGUGACGAAGAUCCACGUACGUUCGCUGAAGAGCGUCGUCUGGUUCUUCUGCUGAGUAGUACGAGUAUACUCUUUCUAGUCUGCGUCAGCCCAAUGGUCAUCCUGAACGUGACACUGAGCGAGAGCAAUUUGAGCCUGUAUCCUUACCAGGUGUUUCGUGCCCUGGCAAAUCUUCUGGAGAUCAUAAACUACUCGAUAACGUUCUACAUAUACUGCCUAUUUUCGGAAGACUUUCGUAAUACCCUGAUACGUACGUUACAAUGGCCAUGGGGUAAAUCGGGUGGGAACAGCAGGCGGAUGCCAAUGAAGAGAUCACCCAUACCAAGGCCAACAACCACAACCACACCACCUACAACUGCUGCCGCAACACCUGGUCAUGUAGCACGUGCCAGUGUGUGAUUACAAAAUGUUCAAUGAGUUUUAAUGAAUCAAUGAACAUUAUUUACGCGGUUUUUAUUAAGCCUCAACGUGUAAUGUUAGAGAUAAAGGUACCUGUUUUAAUUUAUACAUCUUCAUGAGAAAUAAAGUGUUCAGAGA